UUGCAGCUGACCGGAGAUAGAAGGGGAGAGACAGACGUGCGUGUGAGAAAGACGUGAAACGUCAGACAGUAAAAAAAAAAAAAAGCUUUUAUUUAACUCGACAGUACAAAUUCUUUAACGGUGAUCUUAAUUCUUAUAAUUAAUAAUCGGCGGAACGUAAAAUGCUGACAGGAAUAAUCGACGGUACUCAGUUGUGUUGUGAAGAUGACAAUUUCACGGUCGGACGCACGCCUAUCGAGGACGACAUUGCCCAGAGUCAGCUGACUUCUUUGAUGCGGACUUCCUAUGGUAUCGUGGUCCCGAUCAUACUGUCCAUCGGCGUUUUGGGCAAUGCGGCAAUCUUGGCUGUGCUGUCCAGUCCAGUGUUUCGCGGUAUCGCGUACUUGUAUCUCAGUGGACUCGCGCUGGCGCACAUCGGUGUUAUCCUGUCUUGGAUAACGAUCACGCUGAGAUUAAGCUACGGCAUGAGCAAUAAUUACCCGGCAGCUUUCUACCAUGCUCAUCUUGAGCUCGUUAUUCUGAACGCCUUCUCGGCCGCCAGUGUUUUUAUCAUGGUCUGCUUAAUUGUAGACCGAUACAUUUUUGUAUUUUUCCCGGCGCGUAUUCGCCCCGGAAACACUCGCAAGAACGUCAACUCCUUCAUACUGUGUUCCUUUAUUGCUGGCUUCAUGAUCAGUGGCCCGCUGUCGGUUAUGAGAAUCGUUCGUGCAGAGCAAGAUGAAUUCGGUACUUCUUUUAUAUUACGUGAAAAUGUGCUCGUUACGCAAAACAGGAUAUGGAGAAUAUAUAUUUGGAUAAUGGCGAUCGCAGUGCGAAUAUGUCCGUCGAUCAUAUUUAUUGUAUUGAAUAGCCUGGUCAUUAAGAGGUUUCUGCAGCUGAAUGCGCAAACCCGACAUUUCCAUGCCGUUUCAGACAAGCUUCGGGCCAACAAGCCUGAUACGUCGUUAUUAUCUCGCAAUCGAGGAUACAGAGAGGAGCAACACUUGGCGAUAUUGACGACAACCAUGAUUCUAUGCUUCUUUAUGACGGCAGUUCCGCCAAGUCUUACGUCCAUGCUCUACGCCGAUCGUCAUCCGUUGGACUUUGAUUAUCAAACCUUCCGGGUGUGUUCAGCGAUCAUCGAACUCAGCAAUUACGCCGUUUACAUUUUUAUAUAUCUUAUCUGCAGUGCACAAUUUCGAAGAGAAUUGCUGCGAAUUCUACAGGGAAAAUGUAACGAGAGUAGGGGGCAAGACAUUGAUCAGCCGAUAGGCGAGAUUGAAGACUACAGCCGGCACGGCACUACCGUUCGACUGUCACCGGAACAUACCAAAUUGAAUUCCCCCGAGUCGCCGACCAAGGAAACCAAAAUGGAGGAGGACGUGCAACCAUCAGAUGCAAACGAGCUAAUGCUAGAAAAUCGUGGUGUUACCGUAUAAUUGUACCCGCUGCGCGCUGAAAUCAAAGACAAUCGUUCGUUUGUAUUAUUUAUUAUAUGUAUUUAUAUGUAUUAUAUUAUUGUACAUUUUUAAUGCGUCCACAAUGGAAUUUUGUGUAUAAUUAGUAGCUCUGAGUUAAUGUACGAAAUAUUAAUUGUUGCGAGUAUUAUAAUUCUGUAUAAUACUAAUGUAUGUAUAUCAAUUUCUGUAUUAUAAUAUAAUACUAUAUAAUUUGGA